AUGACUUCAUCCUCGAUUUUACCACCAUUCUCUUCCGAUGAAUAUGGGCUAGUUAGCCCCACCAAUGCCAUUGCCGAAUUCUCUGAUUUCGACCGUGAAAAUGACUCUGACGUCGAUUCUGAUUUCGACGGCAAAGUUGACGAUCCUGGUGGUUAUACCGUGAUGCUUUCCUCGCCUAUAAAUCAAUAUGCUUCCCCCCUGAUUACAUACUAA